CUUUGGGAAACGUGCAUGAACAGGAAAGCCCACAUUGGAUUUCUAAUCUACCUUUAUGAUUUUAAAACAUGUGCAGUGAGAGGAUCAAAACCUGGUAAAAAUGUCCAGCUGCAAGAGAAUGAAAUAAGAGGACUGUGCUUGAAAUCUCGAGAGAUCUUUCUUAGUCAGCCCAUUCUGUUAGAACUCGAAGCACCGCUUAAAAUAUGUGGUGACAUCCAUGGACAAUACUACGACUUACUGCGACUCUUUGAGUAUGGAGGUUUUCCACCAGAAAGCAAUUACCUUUUCCUUGGUGAUUAUGUGGAUAGAGGGAAGCAGUCUUUAGAAACAAUCUGCCUUUUACUGGCCUACAAGAUAAAGUAUCCAGAGAAUUUUUUCCUCCUCAGAGGGAACCAUGAAUGUGCCAGUAUUAAUAGAAUUUACGGUUUCUAUGAUGAAUGUAAAAGGAGAUACAACAUCAAGCUGUGGAAAACGUUUACAGACUGCUUUAAUUGUUUACCAAUUGCAGCCAUUGUGGAUGAGAAAAUAUUUUGCUGCCAUGGCGGUUUAUCCCCGGACCUCCAGUCCAUGGAGCAGAUCCGGCGAAUUAUGCGUCCCACCGAUGUGCCCGAUCAAGGCCUGCUCUGUGAUCUGCUGUGGUCUGACCCUGACAAGGAUGUGCUUGGAUGGGGUGAAAAUGACAGGGGAGUUUCUUUCACCUUUGGAGCUGAAGUGGUUGCCAAGUUCCUUCACAAACACGAUUUGGAUCUUAUAUGCAGGGCUCACCAGGUGGUUGAAGAUGGAUAUGAGUUCUUUGCAAAAAGGCAGCUGGUAACUCUGUUUUCUGCCCCAAAUUACUGUGGGGAGUUCGACAAUGCGGGGGCCAUGAUGAGCGUGGAUGAGACUUUAAUGUGUUCCUUUCAGAUCUUGAAGCCUGCCGAGAAGAAGAAGCCCAACGCCAGCCGACCUGUCACGCCACCCAGGGGUAUGAUCACAAAACAAGCAAAGAAAUGAUCACUCUUUGACCCUGCCUGGUUGGGACCUUGUACUAUAGUAUAUAAUCUUCAUUUUUUUAAAAAAAGGAAACGGUAAUGUGUAUUGGUCAGCUUGCUAAGACUAGAUUAAUGUGUUUGUGUUUUUCUUUUCUUUUUUAAAAAAUUUUUAUUUUGAUGGAUGACAUUUGCUGGUUGUAACAGCAAAUGAGACUUUCUCCCUUCUCAAGAAGAGUUUUAAACAAUUCUGUAUUUGGAGAGAGAGAGAGAGAGGGAAAACCCCCUUUUCCAUAUUGAUAUUCCAGCUGUUUCGUUCACAGCACCCUAUCCCUGUCAUUCCGGGUAAUUGUACAACUGACUCCUUGAACCUGUGUACAGACCGGGUGGUGUGUGAUGCCUGCUUUUCUUUUAGGACCUAAGGAGGCACUGGGGGGAGGGGGUGCCACAAGGCUAGGACACUUAAUUCUGUCAGAUUACAUAUUGUUUAUACAAACCACUGUGAAUGUCUUUUAUUUUAUUUUUGUUUUGUUCUAAAGGGAUCGCUUUUUCUUGUCAUGUGUACGAGUUUCUUUGUCAGCCUUUUGAAAUCACACUCAACUUUUGCCAGCUUCACUGGUAUGAUGUAUAUUUUAACGGGAGCACCCUUCUCCUCCCGUAUCCUAUAAAACGACAAUUAAAGCCAUUAUUUUAAAGGU